AAUCAGUCAGAUUCGGUUGUCUACAGAGCUUUUACCUACAUCAACAUCAACAGUGACCUUGUUUUUUUUAAGAUUGCAUGUUUGCAAGCAGAAUUGAGGGGAGUGGGGGUUUAUGCGAUCGCCUCCUACUCCUCAGAAGGCAGCCCGCCCUCCGGCCUCUCUUUCUCCGCCUCCUCUUCACGCAGAUCACUGGGGUCGGGGCCUGUUCCCGAGGGAGCCGUAUAUCAUGAAAGAAAAAAAAGGAUCCUGCUAGUCCGUGGAUGAUGAGAUCGACCACGAUGUUCCUCUUGUUGACUCUCCUGGGACUGGCAUGCUCUAUUGGCCCUACAGUCCCAAGAAAUCUUGCCUUGCGUGGAAAAGCUACACAGUCAGACCUCAUCGAGAACCCAUGGCACGGUUACAGUCAUGCCUCCAAUGCCAUUGAUGGGAACCGCGAUUCACAUUUCCAUCAUGGGUCCUGCACUGCCACUGACGAAUCCACUAACCCCUGGUGGAGAGUGGACCUGCUUGAUACCUACAUAGUCACCUCCAUCACCGUCACCAACAGAGGGGAUGCUGUUCCUGAGAGGCUUAACGGGGCUGAGAUACGAAUAGGAAAUUCUUUAGUGGACAAUGGCAUUCAUAACCCUCUGGUUAAAACAAUUCCCUCUGUUCCAGCUGGCAGUUCUCUCACCCUUGCUUUUGACCCAAGUUUCGAAGGACGUUAUGUGAUUGUGGUUCUACCAGGCCAGAAUAGACUUCUGACACUCUGUGAAGUGGAGGUUUACGGAUACCUUGCCCCAACUGGAGAGAAUGUGGCUCUAUAUGGAAAGGCCACCCAGUCAUCUUUGUAUGAGUUUGGCAUUCCAGGCAAUGCUAUUGACGGGAAUCGCAACGCUAUUUUGAUAGGAGGGUCCUGCACCCACACUCUACAGGACAUCAACGCCUGGUGGAGGGUGGACCUUCUGAAGACCUACAAAGUGUUCUCCAUCAUCAUCACCAACACAGUCGACGGUGAUCCCAGCAGACUCAAUGGAGCUGAGAUUCGCAUUGGAGAUUCCCUGAAAGACAACGGCAUCAAUAAUCCUAGGUGUGCUGUGAUCUCCUCUAUCCCAGCUGGCAAUUCAAGCACCUUCCAGUGUCCGGGCAUGGAGGGUCGAUAUGUCAUCGUGGUCAUUCCAGGGAGGAAGGAGUACCUGACCUUGUGUGAGGUGGAGGUGUACGGAUCACCCCUGGAUGGGACUGGGCCUACAUGUAACUAAAUCAGAUCGUUAACUCUUAACAGCACCCUGAAAUGUUUGGGGAAUGUAUUGUCUUACGAAAACAAUUCAACUUUUUAGUAUACUAUCACUAUUCUGUAAGUUCGUCUUGCACACUGUUUUUGGAUGUUUGGGUAUAAAUUGACAAACACUUUUUGUAACACUUUUUAAGAACAACUUUCAUGAAUUAUUAUGUAGCCUAAUUAUUGGUUAGACAGUUAUCAUUCAUACCAUGAAAUGCAUGUAAUGCUGUAAAGUAAUGCUAUUAUGUUAGAAUGAAUGGUCCCGCUUUAAAUGACGUUCAGAUUAUAAAGGCUUCAUAAAGCCUUAAUAAUGCCUUCAUAAGCAGUACAUAAAUGUUUACAAAUCAUCUAUAACCAUAUGUCAUGCUUUAUAAAGGGUUCAUAAAUGCAGCAUAACUGUGUGACAUAAUCAUCUAUAUCAAAUGUGAUAUAACCCACUAAGUCAAAUAUGAUAUAAACAUGUGCUUUAUAAAGGGUGACGUGCUGAAGGAUGGAAAAAGCUCUAAAGGGAUGUCAUCUUAGUCACAAGAUAAAGUGUGGAAAUGGGCAGGGUUUAGCCAAAAUGAGUACUUUUUGACUUUUUUUGUUGUCAAGUAGUGACGAUGACAAAUACUUUACUGAGUAAGGUCACUGCUAUAGAAUUCUAUAGUCACUCCCACUAUGCCCAAUUUUGAAUGGUUGAUAUCCCAGGCUUCAAUGUGCUGUGUGAGCAAUAGCCUGAGAACAACAUUACACCAAGAAACCCUUACCUUGAUGAAAGUCCCCAAUCUAAAGACAUCGAAAGUGUCUUUCUUCUGGAACCAAGUGACAUGUUCCUCAGUACACAAACAUGAAAACAACAAAAACGAGCCAUACCACACAGUGCUGGGCCCUGUCAAGUCUUUGACACAUUCACCCAUUUCCCCGCUGAAAGAUCAGCCACAAAAUGUGGCCACCGUUGUAACAUGUUGUAAUCAAGCCCUGGUCCCCAGCAUGGGAACAGAAGAGGAUGAUCUGGUGCGGUAGUCUCAGGUUGGACUACUCCAAAUCAUCUUGGUUCUGACACAUAAACGCAAGCUUUGCAGGUCCAUCAACCCAUUUAGUACCUCUCACACCCUACUGUAACCUGUGGAUCAUGAGAGAAACGUAAUAAAUCAGCGGAACGUUAAUCACCUACUUAUUAACACUUCACGUAGUGUCCAGUAAUACUUUGUUUGAAAUGAGACCACCUUCGCAUGACGCUGUACUUCAUUUAAAGUCUGUCUACUUUGGUCAUUUAUGACACAUGCAUAAAUAAAUGCCUUAUAUCAUAUGACGCUGUACUUAAUAUAAGGUCAGACACCUUUGGUCAUUCCUAACACAUGCAUAAUGGCUUAAUGAUGUUAACACAACUGUAUUAACACUUAGGGAAUUGGCAUUAAAUGAUAAAACAAGAAAACAUUAAAGAAAUGUUUAAACCGUACAGUACAUUUAUUACAUUCGUACAACAAUACAAAUACAUGACAUUUCAAAAAGUCCAGCAAUGCCAUUACAUUGAACAUUACACAGGGCUGUGAAUAGUCCAGCUUGUCCCUGAGCUGACAGGAGAACGGUUCUUGCCUCCCUUCUUGCUGGAGGUACUGGGUGUUGGUUCCAACCUAAAUGAACAACAAAGUUAGCAGGUCUGUUAGGAAAGGUCGUUUGUCACACCAUCUAGAUAAGGGCAUUUCUGUGCUGCACAAGAAACUCUAAACGGGAAGAUGGGAAACUCCAUUAAAUUCGUAUUGUUACAAUACAGCUAUGAAACAUGUAUGUAUGUAGGGGAUAUAUCUGUAUUUAGCUGAGCCUGCUAGCUAACUAAAUUUUGUCUAGCUAGUAAUCGCUGUGAAGUCACCGAAAUUAUUUGAAAGAAUGAUUGAGGUAGCUACAGUAUGUAAUCUAACUCAACACUUAACUACUACCAACACAUUUAAAUCACAAUAAAUAAAGGUUAACUUACUUGUUUUUGGAUUUGAGAACUCAUCACAUCACCUGCGUCUCAUCAGUAACACUAAAAAAGUACUUCCGUGAAUUUUGGAAAUGUUCCAAAUAAAGUCCCCCACGUAAUAGCAGAAAAGUCUUAAAAAAACAUUCAUGAUAUAUGAAAAAUAAUUGUCUAAACAUUAAACAUAGAUUUUUAAGUGACAUAUGCAUUACAUUUGGGUUUUAAAACAUGUUCCAAGGUCAAAUAAAUGCUCCCAAUGCAAAUCACCAUAUAUAGAAUAGAUAUUGGCUUAGAGCAAUAACUAUUCUGGGUGCAGCAGUACAAGUAUUGCAGGGAAUACUCAAUAGGGUCAGGAGAAUGAAUGUACAGUGGGGAAAACAAGUAUUUGAUACACUCCCGAUUUUGCAGGUUUUCCUACUUACAAAGCAUGUAGAGGUCUGUAGGUACACUUCAACUGUGAGAGAUGGAAUCUAAAAUAAAAAUCCAGAAAAUCACAUUGUAUGAUUUUUAAGUUAAUUAAUUUGCAUCUUAUUGCAUGACAUAAGUAUUUGAUACAUCAGAAAACUGUAUAUAUGGUGUCAUUUCAUGGGGCUCAAAAUAAUACGGAAUGUGGCCGGCCUUUUACUCCACCCAUUCCAUUGGCGGCCAGAUCACAUCAUGUGUGCUUACUGCACUACAGAAAACCUGCUAACAAAACAACAGUGCAGAGCAUGCUCACUGAAUUAAAGAGCAACUACACUUACAAAUAUACGUUUCUUAGAUUUUUCACAGACCUCAAAAGUCUGAUGUGGUUUAAGAAUUGUUGUGAACACAGAAAAUUAAAUGUUGUUUUUCUAUUAGAAAGUGUGAAAACACUGGGGGAAAACCAGAAAGAAUGGGGAAAAUCUGAAACCCGGAAAAACAAAACCAAGAAAAAGGAAUUUGGUGGGGGAAAAGAAGUAGGCAACUACAACAAACAGACUAACGAUUGUAAAAGGCCCUACCAAGGUUUUUUGCUUUGCAUGACUGCACUUUAGAGUCUGUGUUCUCCUGCAGCACAGCAUGUUGGGGGAAGCUGAAGUCAAGUCCAAUAUUGACUAUGCACCCAAGAGGGAAAGAGGAUGGGCCAAUCUAGAAAUGUUUUAGUGAAAUAUAAUAUAUAACAUUUUGCAGACACUUUUAUCCAAAGCGACUUACAGUCAUACGUGAAUACAUUUUUACGUAUUAUAGGGUGUUGAAUCGAACCCAAUAUCCUGCCGUUGCAAUGCUCUACCAAGAUGUAUGACAGGGUUAUAAAUGCUUUGUGAAGCCACAAUUGAAUAUGAUUUAUAAGCUCUUUAUUGAGCGGUGCUCAUGCCACCCUUUAUAAAGCACAGGUUUGUAUCAUUUUCGACAUAGUGGGUUUUGUCCCCUUAGACAUUGGUGGUUAUGGCGAACAGUUAUGAACCCUUUAUAAAGCAUGGCAUACGGUUAUAGAUGAUGUGUAACACAUUUCUGUAGUGUUUAUGAAGGUUUUCGGAAGCCUUUAUAAGCUGCACGUCAUUUAAAGUGGGACCAAAUUCAUGAAUAAACUUAAUUAAUAAAUCUGGAAUGUUUCCAUUGUGUA